AUGGCCUGCCCCGCGCGCUGCGGCUUCCCAGCGCGCAAGAAUAGCCGCUUGGACGCCUUCCUGCGGAGGCAUCUGCUGCCCGAGGUCUACGACGCCGUCCGCGCCUAUGAGCUGUGCAUCGUGGUAUCUGACUCGGAGAAGCACACCGUAAAGUACGUGGUGCUCACCGACCGGCUCAUCUACCUGACCGAGAACCCGCCCAAGUCCAUCCGACGAGUCGUGGCGCUGCGGGACAUCGUAGCCAUUGACCUGAUUGAUGAUUACCCAGAAUUUCUAAGUCCACCAGAUAGAGAAACCAACCAACACAUUCGUAUCAUCUAUUAUUCAACUGUUUUUAAAAAAGAGUGUGAAAAAUCAAAAGGUGUCAGGAAAUUCUUAUUUCCAUUUCAUCAUGCCAAUGCUAACAACAAAAAAGUCAAAGAAGAGAAUAAUGGGCCUGUCUUUUGGAGAGGCAAAAAGUCUAAAAGUCUGAAUGAAUCCUUUUUCAGGUACCACCGGGAGAGCAGCACAGCAUCCAAGGACGCAACUCUCGGCCCUCCUUCAGACCUGAAGAAGCUGCCCCUCCAUGGCCAGAGAGCCUGUGGACCCUUACCUACCCCCUCCAGGAGAAGCUGUCAGCUCACAUCACCCACUAGCAAGGCUAGUGGGCCAUUCUGUAUAACAGACACAAAAGAACCCCGGGGGCUUUCAGAUCACAAAGACUCUCUAAGUGAAAUCCCUUUCAAGUGCAAUGGUAACGGAAAUGAGUUUUACUUAGGAAAUUCCACUCUGGCUUCCCCUUUACAGAGCAACCCAAACCUAGAGAAAAAGGAAUCAGAACUUCAUUUGUAUGUUAUUUCCACAACGUCAUCAAUAUUUCUGCACUUAAAAAGUUCAUGGAACAAUUAUAUUAUAAAAGCUACUCUUUUACAAGAUCCCCUAUAUGUUAGCGAGCUCAGCCCUGCUACUGGAAAUCAAAAGCCAUAUAGAUCUGAGGAGAAAAUUAAGCACUUUGGUCAGCUUAAAUCUGAACUUUUUCUUAAAGACAACACGUUGAGGAGGAUACUUUGUCUAAUCACGGAACUUAAAGUAGCAGCCCAGAAAAACUUCAUUCUGAAAAGACUUUUCUGGAAAACCAGUGACCUUUUCUAUUUCCUAGUGAACAAACUUCAUGAAUACUUGCCAGAGUCUAGGGAUAAGAAUGUACUUCACAAUAGAAGCCAAAGGGCUGAUGAGCUGGUGGUGUGCAUUGAAAUUAUACAGACUCUGGGACGGAUGUUCAGAGAAACGGAAACUGAGUCAUUGCGCCUGAACAUAUUAGCAGCUAAGAAGGGAAUACUAUUUAACCUUUUGGUAAUCUUAAUUAGCGAGCCUCAGAUUCCAAAAUCAUGUCCUGUGUUUGACAUCCAGUUGGUGGCUGACUCAACUUUAGUUGAGAUGUCUUUUGAUGCUGAGUUACAGAAGCUUACCCUGGAAUAUACAGACACAGCUACAGCACUUUUGUAUGAGAUACUUCUUGUCUUUCAGCAGGGAAAUCUUGGAUUGGAGUCAGCACAGUUUGCUAUUAGCUGGAUAAUAUCCUUUCUACAAAGUUGUCCUCCCAUAAUUACUUUUGUGGCCAGUAUUGUGAAACAAGUGGUGAAGGGCCUUUCAGCUUCAUUUCAGCUGCUAAGUCCCGGCAGAGCGGUCUUGUUGUACCAGCAGUUUUACAUCCUCAAGAGCUGCCUGCAAUACAGCAAGACUUUAGCUGAGUAUAUUAGGAACAACUACAGAGAAGAAUUCAGGUACUUUAUUCACAUGCCAGCAUUGGAAAAAAGGCUCCCAUUAUGUUACCCUAUUACCCAACCUAUCACUCAACUUUUUCAUGAAGUUCUGAAAUUGGUUGAACAGAAACAAUCUGUGAAAUGUUAAUAAGCGUAUAAAAUGUUAAUUGGAAGUCAACUUAAUAUUUAUUAGAAAUACAGCUAUUCCUGUAUUCUACAAAAAAGAUCUUAUUUGAAGGUUCCAUCAAUACCUCUCUAAGAGAAAUCUUUAAAGUUUUUAAUCUGCUACAAAAAAGAAACUGUUCAAUACAAUGACAUAAAGUGUUGCUGAAGACUAACAUUUUUCUAAAAGAAAAAGUUCCUAAAGACAUAAAAGAAACAGAAACCUAUGAAGAGCAAAUGUAGAAAGUGCACCCUGAUGAGUUUUGGUGUAAUAAUGGUGACUGGCAUGAAGCCACUGACAUAUCCAAAAAUAAAUUGUGGGGCAUAUAAAUACUGGGCAAAAGGAUGACACCACCUGUAAAAAUUCUAGCAAUAUGAGUAUUCAUGGAAGAAGGAGCAGAAGAACACAGGCAUAGCUAUAAGAAAGGUCAGUUCCUCAUUUAUCAUGGGGAAAGAAGCUUGGACUUGCUUCAACAAAGCUAAAUGCAUUCUGCCACUCCUAAACGAACCCGGGGCUAAUGAGAGCAGUCUUGUAGAGUUUCUAUGAAAGAGAAACUGUCUAUAGGCAGUUAUGGCUCUUCCAAUUAUUUUUAAAAUGUCUUAGUAUAUAUCUUAUGGCAGUAAACUAAAACCUUCACUUUGGCAUCCCUGCUGAGCUAUUGGAUUUGGGCUUCUAAGAACUCAGGAACUGGGUCCUUCCUUCAGCUGACAUAAGGGAGAAUCAGAGAAGAAUCCAGCACCAAAGAAAGAGCCCCCAAGCCAGACUUGCCUGUGCUGUGCAGUGGAGAGAGAAUUAAACUCGGGACAUCUGAUUUCUGGUUCUGGCUAAGCCACUAACCGGCUCUUUGACCUGGAGAAAGCCAGAUCUCCUUUCAGGGCCUCCUCUGCUAUGUGGAAGGCUAGGUAGAACUUGUUCUCCAAGUUCUCUUCCAGCUCUGACAUUCUCUGCUGGUGAUGAGACACUUCUUAGCAUUCUGUCAUAGGCAGUGCAUUCCUCUGCUACCCUGGCUCAGUGCCUGGUUGUACAUUGAUUUCAACAAUACUGUUUUCUUUGGACUAAGCAUUUUCCUCCUGGCUGUCAUCAGCAUCGCCCCAGAAAGUGUCUGAGCCUUCUGCACUGUCAUGCAUCCAAGAUUACAAGUCUUCUGCUUUCUAAUCUAGUGACAGAAAAGGGAGCAAAAUGGUGUUUAUGAGUGUCCCGGGCUGUCAGAUGAGGGGUUAUUCCCAAGAGAUGGUUAAACAGGAGAAUUUGAAAAUAUUCUUAAGAUAAAGGCAAGCAACACUUGAAACUGGAAAAAUGACGGGACAGUAGGCUGACUACUGAUGAGUAUGCAGCCUGCAGAAUGACAAGAGGACCACCUCAGCUCUGCCUCGGCUUCCAGGCGGUGCCCUGGCUCUGGGCUAGGAGAGGCGAGGCUCUGCAGGGGGCUCGGGGGUCUCUUUCCCACCUGCCUUCUUGUCCGUGUUGCUUCUUCUCUCCCAUUAGUUUCGGACCUUGGGAAGUUACUUAACAUCUCUAAGCUUUAAUCAAAACAAAAGUAUAACCCAUCCCAGAGGGUUGUUAGAUUUAAAUGAAAAGGUAUUGCUUAAGCACACAGCGUGGUAUGUGGAAGCAGUAAGGAUUCAGUGCACGCGUGCUCGGUUGCUGAGUCAUGUCUGACUUUUUGUGACCCCAGGGACUGUAGCCUGCCAGGCUCUUCUGUCCGUGGGAUUAUCCAGGCAAGAAAUACUGGAGUGGGUUUCCAUUUUCCCCAUUAGGAGAUCUUCCCCACCUAGGGAUCGAACCCAUGUCUCCUGCAUUUCCUUCAAUGGCAGGCAGAUUCUUUACCAGUGAGCCACCCGGGAAGUUUUAGGUUUUGGUACUUAUUAAACUACUAUCAAAGCUGGCUGAGAACUUAGAGAUUAAUAAAUACCGCCCUUAUUUCCAGGACCAAUUUGGGGACUAGCUAUUAUACCCAGCCCCUAAUCUAUACAGCAUUGAAGAACAGAUUCAUUUCAUUAUUAAACUGAAAAUUCAAUUUUAUGUUAGCAGGAGUAUGAUUUCAUUAGGUGACUAUUUCUACUGCUCAUCACCAAGGACUGUAGGCUCUCAUUGACAUUCACAAUGCAAGAGCUGCAUGGGAAAUAUUCUUCCCAAGGGUGGACAGAAAGCUUUUCAGUCGUGUAAACUUUUUUUAACCUUUGAUUUAAACAGCUAAUUACUAACUGAUCAAGCAGACUUUGCUAUUCUGUCCUUAUAGUGUUCCUAAUUGAUUCACAGACAGGGUGAGAAUACAUAUAUGAAGAGUUUCUUCAUUUUACUGAAAUCUAGAAACUAUGUUAAGAGGGAAAAGCCUAAAGUCUCUAUGAUUGAUGAUGUAUUUUACUUAUUUCCAUACUGACUCGCACUCACUUGUAGUACCACUUUUCAGGGUAUAGAAAUGCCCAAGUAUGAUAUUAAAUAUGGUAUUAAACAUGCUAUAAGGCAUUCGCUAAAAGUGGUCACAGCUUGUUGACUGGUGACAUGUUUCAGCCGGUGGCAUUAUAUUUUCUCUGAGGUUAGAAUCACUUGUUUGCUAUUUAAUGUAUUUGUACAGUAGAGGGGUUUCAGUGAUAAAUGUAGAAGAGAAGCUAGAAAUUUCUUGAAAAAAUGCACUUAAUGGGAAUUUCUGAGCAACCUUUAAUAGUAUUAAGUCACUCUGAUUUCUCUUUGUUCACUGUGUUUACUUCUAAGAGGAAGGCACAAUGAUUCUGGCUGGAAAUAGGGGUGGUAUAACCUUGUGACCAAGAGUCCAGAUGCUUUGUCAGCAAGACCUUGUUUUGAUUCUUGCCCAUCUACUUGUUAGCAGACUUUCGGCAGGUUAUUUAACUUCUUUCAGAACUUCCAUUUUAUCAAGCAUAAGUUAAUAGAAAGUCUACCUGAAGGGUUUUUGUGAAUAUUCAUUCAUUCAUAUGUAAACAAAUGGUUCUAUGGCCGGAAUACAGAGACAAGCCGUAUGGCAUUGCCAUUUUCAAGUUCAAAAUUACCAGUAUCUGCAAUCUCAUAUGGUUCAAACAAAUAAAAACCCCCUCAAUCGAUGGUAGCAAUUAUCCUAACAGAAACACUAACUCACUUUAAGAACAUAUACUUUAAUUACAUGUCAUUAAUUCUAAUUUCCCAGGUAGCAUGGCACUUUGUUAUAACAUGGCUUAUUCUUGCACAGAUUUGGGUGAACCUUAAGUCAUGUAUUAACAGUUCAGUUACAAAUUAUUAAGUGGGCAUAAUAUAAUUUAAAAUGUUCAAAUGGAAUUUAAAAUUUUCUUUCCUGCCUUCUCCCCGCAUAAAGAAAUCUGUUCUUCCACCAGACGGCUCCUCCUCAGUGAAUUUUACUUCAUUCACUCUGCUACUCAAAAGAGACAGUUGGGAGACUUUUGUGUUUUCUCCUUUCUCUUCAUCCUCCAAGCACAAUCCAUCAGCAGCGUUUAUUGGAAAUU